AAAAGACAAGAGAAUUGACAAUAUCGAAAUUCAGAAAUUCAUCUCCAAAAAAGCGGAUCUGCUUUUUGCACUUACCUGGAAGUCAGAUGCCCCUGCAGCUUCUGAAGUUAAUGAAGACAGUGAAGAUCAUUAUGCAAUCAUGCCACCGUUAGAACAGUUCAUGGAGAUACCUAGUGUGGACCGGAGAGAGCUGUUUUUCCGAGAUAUUGAGCGUGGGGAUAUAGUGAUUGGAAGAAUUAGUUCCAUUCGAGAAUUUGGUUUUUUCAUGGUACUGAUUUGUUUAGGAAGUGGCAUCAUGAGAGAUUUAUCCCACUUAGAAAUCACAGCUCUUUGUCCAUUAAGAGAUGUGCCUUCUCACAGUAACCAUGGGGAUCCUUUAUCAUAUUACCAAACUGGUGACAUCAUUCGAGCUGGAAUCAAAGAUGUUGAUAGAUACCAUGAAAAGCUUGCAGUAUCACUUUAUAGUUCAUCUCUUCCACCACACCUAUCUGGAAUUAAAUUAGGUAUAAUUAGCUCUGAAGAGCUACCUUUGUAUUACAGGAGGAGUAUUGAACUAAAUAGCAAUUCUUUGGAAUCCUAUGAAAAUAUCAUGCAGAGUUCCUUGGGGUUUGUUAAUCCAGGAGUAGUUGAAUUCCUUCUUGAAAAACUAGGAAUAGAUGAAUCUAACCCACCAUCUUUAAUGAGAGGCCUACAAAGCAAAAAUUUCUCUGAAGAUGAUUUCGCUUCUGCAUUAAGGAAAAAACAGUCUGCAUCCUGGGCUUUAAAAUGUGUGAAGAUUGGAGUUGAUUAUUUUAAGGUUGGACGACACGUGGAUGCUAUGAAUGAAUACAAUAAAGCUCUGGAAAUAGACAAACAAAAUGUAGAAGCUUUGGUAGCUCGUGGAGCACUAUAUGCAACGAAAGGAAGUCUGAACAAAGCAAUAGAAGAUUUUGAACUUGCUUUAGAAAACUGUCCAACUCACAGGAAUGCAAGAAAAUACCUCUGCCAGACACUUGUAGAAAGAGGAGGGCAGUUAGAAGAAGAAGAAAAGUUCUUAAAUGCUGAAAGUUACUAUAAGAAAGCUUUAACUUUGGAUGAGACGUUCAAAGAUGCAGAGGAUGCUUUGCAUAAACUUCAUAAAUAUAUGCAGAAAUCUUUGGAAUUAAGAGAAAAACAAGCUGAAAAGGAAGAAAAGCAGAAAACAAAGAAAAUAGAAACAAGUGCAGAAAAGUUGCGUAAGCUCUUAAAAGAGGAGAAAAGGUUAAAGAAGAAAAGAAGAAAAUCAACUUCCUCAAGUGCUUCUUCUGCUGAUGAAUCCGUUUCUUCAUCAUCAUCUUCCUCAUCUGGUCACAAAAGGCAUAGGAAACAUAAGAGGAACCGUUCAGAGUCCUCUCAUGGUUCCAAAAGGCAUUCAUCUAGGGCAUUCUCAAGUCAGAUAGAUCAGAAUAGAAAAGAAGAUUGCUACCCAAUUCCAACUAACACUUCAGCAUCUUUUCUUAACCAAAAACAAGAAGUGGAAAAACUACUGGAAAAGCAGGAUAGGUUACAGUAUCAAAAAACAGAGGUAAAAGAGAGAAAUAGAUGCUCUCUCUCUUCAUCUUCAGUUGAAAUACUGGACGAUUUUGGAGGUAGGUCUGAAGAUCCAGGAGAUUUUUAUAAUAGCUGUAAAACCCAAGCAGGUAGUAGCAGUAGCAACACAGAAAAGCCAUACAAAUCAGAAAGAAACUUUUCUGGUAGAAGAAAUUUCUCAGAUUCCUUCUGUAGGAAUUCAGAAGACAAGAUAAAAAUGUGUGGUUUUAAGAGAUUUGAAAAGGAUACAGAUGGAAGAAAAGAGCACUAUAGAAAGUCAGAGCCAGGUUCCAUGAGGUAUUCCAGUUCACCAGGAAGCUCAGACUACUCUUGGAAGUCAGUUGAAAAACACAGAAAAUACACUUACCCUGGAUCACGUGAUUUCAGUAGACAUGAGCAAAGAUACCGAUUAAAUACCAAUCAAGGAGAAUAUGAAAGAGAGGACAGUUAUGGGAAGGAUAUUAAAACAGAGGCUCCAGAAGAUGAACUAAAUAGCAAAGAACAAUCAGAAAGCAAAGUUAAAAAAAAUUUACCUCAAAAUUUACUCAAUAUAUUUAAUCAGAUAGCAGCAUUUGAGAAAGAAAAGGGAAAUAAGCCCAAAAAUUAAAAUGCCAAGGAGAUCAGCACCAUUACACUAAGUGCUGUUAGUAAGUUUUUUGUAUUUUAGUCAACAGUCCAGUGCAGAAAUCUCUGCUCCUAAAAUUAUUUGUAGAGGUUACAGAAACCAAAUGCUUUUCAGCUUCUCUCAAAUUUUGUUACAGUUUAGAUCCCCUUGUCAGUUUGAUUUGUAGGCUCUUCAUAUGUGUGGUUGAAUACAGUCUAUUUCUGACAGUUUAAACUCCAUCUAAGGAUAAUUCUAUGAAAGUAUUAUUUCUUCAUUGUAUUAUGAUGUAUGAGAUUUCCUGGUUCUGCCUUGCCUUACUGUUUGAGAGAAAAUUAAAUUCAUACAUUAAAACACUUGGCUGGUUUCAUCAAAAAUUA